UGUUUCUUGCGCCUAAAAUUUUGCAGCAUCGAGCUCUCAUCUUUAUGAUUUGUAUUACUCCACUUCUUCUGGAAAGAAGUCUUGCUGUUAGUUUUGAUGUAACGAGUUAUGGCGCUGCUGGAGAUGGAGUGCACGAUGACACUCAAGCAUUCAAACAAGCUUGGAGAGCUGUGUGUAGUGAUGAAAAUAAAAAUCCAUCAAUACUUGUACCAAGUGGAAGGUCAUUUCUAAUACGGCCCAUUACAUUCGAAGGGCCUUGCAAGUCCACCAAUAUUCAGAUACAAUUAUCAGGAUCCAUUGAAGCGCCGGAGGAUCCAGAGGCGUGGACAGGUUGUGAAAAUGUUAGUUGGAUUUAUUUUACAGGAGUUUUUGGUCUCUUCAUCAAUGGUUCUGGUACUAUCAAUGGCCAUGGCCAGCGCUGGUGGAACACUCCUAGCGGUACCAGGGUGAACGGGACUUGCACUAAGCCAACGGCUGUCCAUUUUAAUUAUUGUAAUGGGCUUCGAUUGAGUGGAAUACGGCUAGUGAAUAGUUCGAGAAACCAUAUAAUCGUUACUUACAGCAAGGGAGUAACCUUCUCAAAUAUUCAUAUAAGUGCACCAAACUAUAGUCGCAAUACCGAUGGUAUCGAUAUCUUUUUCUCUAGCCAGCUUCAAAUUCAAGACUCCAUUAUUCAAACAGGUGAUGACUGCAUUGCCGUCAAUACCGGGUGCUCUGAUAUCAAUAUUACUGGUAUUUCAUGUGGACCAGGCCAUGGUAUAAGUAUCGGAAGUUUAGGUCCAAAUAACACAUUUGCUAAUGUGGAAAACGUCUAUGUAACGCAUUGUUACCUAGAGGGAACCCAAAACGGUGUUAGAAUUAAGUCAUGGCAGGGUGGUUCUGGAUAUGCUAGGUCUAUACAUUUUGAGAAUAUUAACCUCAAAAAUGUAGGAAACCCAAUCAUUAUUGAUCAGAAUUAUUGCAAUGGUGGUCAGUCAUGUCAACCUCAGGUAAGUGCAGUCAAAGUGAGUAAUGUAACAUACAAGAAAAUACAUGGAACUACAAGCAGCAAGGUAGCAAUAAAUUUGAAUUGUAGCAGUACCGCAGCUUGCACCAACAUUGAGAUGGAGAAUCUCAACAUAACUCCAGUUGUGCCUGGAGAAAAGAUUUUUGCUACUUGUAAUAAUGCCCAAGGAAAAGCCUCUUCAAGCUCAGCUCCUGUAUCUUGCUUGUCACAAGGAUAAUUAUAUAGAGGAUAUAUUACUUUUAUCUACUACCAUAGCCGUUUGAAUAAUGUUAAUUGGAUUUGACAAAAAACUAGCGAUUGGUUGGUCACAAAGCUA